AAUCACAAUCAAUAAUCAAUCAAAUUAACAAUAAUUAAGACUCAUGACCACUUUAAGGGAAAAAAAAAAAAAACAAAAUAAAUAAAUUAAAAAGAAAAAGAGAGAAAAGAAAGCAGAAUACACCGUCUCUUUUGGGGCUAAAAUUCAGCAUCACCGUUCAGACCAUCUUCGUCUACUCCCAUUCUUCUCUCAAUCAGAUAACCACACAAACAGACCAUGGAUAGACUGGUGAAGGCAGAUGUGAAAGAAAUAGAAAUUUCAUUCAAGAAAGGCCAGAAGUGCACAGCAACGUUCAGGCUAAGCAAUCUUAUGCACACCAUGUCAGUAGCGGUUUCUUUAGCUACGACAAGCCCCUCGUUUUUCACUUUUAACCAGUCUUUCUCCAUAAUCCCACCUCUCUCCACAUCAUCUUACACGCUAAUCCUCUCUCAACCGUCUGAUCAGUCACCACCUUUCCGCACUCCUCCUCAUGUCAUCACAGUCAUAUCCGCCAUGCUCCCUACCGGAAAAGCCCACGUGGACGAUCUCCGCCGUCUGUUCUCAAGACCCGGACCCCAUAUUUUUAAAGAUGCCGCCAUACCCAUCUCCCUUGUGGGUCCCCAUAUAGCUGAUUAUAUCAUUGCCCGUCACGCCCAAUUUCAAAGUUCCAAUCUUUGUUCUUAUUUUAACAGAGCUAUCUCUGGCUGUACGGGGUCCCAGCUUACAACACUUCUCGAGUCUGCUGUAAUGUCCGGUAAUGCUGAUUUGGUUGCUAAAUUGGUCGACUUAGGUGGAGAUUUGAAUCGCAAGGAUUUAAAGGGGCAUUGUUUGAUAAUUCUAGCUGUUAGAGCUGGGAACUUGGAUGUUGUUAAGGUUCUAAUUUCAUCUGGUUGUUUAAUUGAUAAUUUAGUAGAUAAAGUAUUGCAUGAAGCAGCAGCUGCAAAUAGGGUAGAUAUAAUGGAGGUCUUGUGUUGUACUUUUAAAGAUCUCGUUGAUUCUAAUUCGACUGAUUUAUAUGGGAGAACGCCAAUUCAUGUUGCUGCUACUCUUGGUCAUGUGGAAGCGAUUAAAUUUUGUGCUUCAAUUGGAGUGAAAGUUGAAGCUGUUGAUUGUGAUGGGUGUACUCCACUUCAUUUAGCUGCAGAGAAAGGGCACUUAGAAGCUGUUGAGUGUUUAUUAGAUUGUUCGUGUUAUCUAAAAUAUGUUGUUAAUAAAGAAGGAAAGACAGCUUUUGGUGUUGCAAUUGACAAUGGGAAUUCUGAUUUAUUUGGUCUGCUACGACUUGGUGAUGUCCUGCACAGAGCAGCUGGAUUAGACGAUGUUAAUGGAAUCAAGAACUGUAUUUCAGAAGGAGUAAAUGUGAAUGACAGAGAUCAAAAUGGAUGGACUCCUUUGCAUAGAGCUGCAUUUAAAGGUCGAAUUGAGAGUGUGAGAACAUUGCUUAGUUAUGGAGCUAUAGUUGAUCCGGUUGAUGAUGAUGAGUAUACUCCACUUCACUGUGCAGUUGAAACUGGGCAUAUUCAAGUUGCUAUGCUGUUGAUGGCUCAUGGUGCUAAAGCUAAUGUAAAGAAGUGUCUGAAGACUGACAUGACUUGCAGUAGGAACUGGUCUGCUCUUUUAGGGAAAAAGUGUUUAUGUGAAGAAGAAGAUGAUAGAGAGCUGUGUGUUAAAUUUUCUUCUUGUGUUUUGUAAAUCAGCAAAUGGUUUUUGCUGUGUGCUCUAUGUAUAAUGGUUUUUGUAAAUCUGUAAAUGCGAGAAUGUUUUGCGUUCCGAUC